AUGUCAUUUCUUACCAAGAAUCGAAGAACAAGUCCCCCCCAAGAUGCCUCCGAAAUCCGCGAAGAUCAAUUUCCCGCUGCUCAGCUCGGUCUCCUAGCACUGGUUCGAGUCGCAGAACCAAUUGCUCUCACUUCCAUACUUCCAUACGCAUGGAAACUCGUCACCAACUUCCAGGUUGGCUCCGAAGCGAAUGCACCGUUCUUCGCCGGUCUGCUCAUCUCCGCCUUUUCGCUCGCUGAGGCAUGCUCGGGCAUGUACUGGGGCUCAGUCUCCGAUCGCAUAGGUAGAAAACCCGUUGUUAUACUUGGGUGUCUAGGAACAAUGUCUUCUUUGCUACUUGUUGGCUUAGCUCCUAAUUUCUGGGUCGCCCUUCUGGGUCGGAUCAUCGGCGGUGCGCUUAAUGGUAACAUCGGCGUUAUCCAGACCAUGGUGGGAGAGUUGGUCAAGCGACCCGAACAUGAACCAAAGGCGUAUGCGGUCAUGCCGUUUGUAUGGAGCAUUGGUACUAUCAUAGGCCCAUCGAUCGGCGGAUAUUUUGCUGAGCCCGCUCGAAACUUUCCAUCUGUCUUCAGCCCCACUGGUCUUUUUGCCAAGUUCCCUUACCUACUUCCAAACAUUAUCUGUGCCUCUCUACUCCUACUCUCUAUCUUGAUGGCAUAUUUCCUUCUAGAAGAGACUCACCCAGACAAGCAGCCUCGAGGUUAUUUCGAACAAUACGACCCAGCCGUUGCAGAGACGCCGCUUCUCCCAGCCCAGGGUGCGACAGCUGAUGCAGCCGCAAACUUGACAGCAGAUUCUUACGGCACUUUCAACGCCGUAGAGGUUGAACACGACGAAAUCUGGCGUGUGCGCUCUAACGGAGACUGGGUAGAAUCGCCAACAGAUGAGAAGGUCUUCACACGUCCAGUCAUCUUAUUCGUCGUAGCACUGGGAAUCUUCACGUACCAUUCUAUGACAUACGAUCACCUACUUCCCAUCUUCCUCCAGGACAAACGCGCUGACAGUGAUAUGAAUGCAUUGGACAUCUCGCCUUCUUCUUUGGGCGGUGGCCUUGGUAUUCCUAUUCAGAACGUGGGCAUUAUCCUUUCCCUUAACGGCAUCAUUCAGCUCGCGAUCCAGGGCUUCGUCUUCCCUCUAUUGGCGGAUUGCUUUGGUGUAUGGCGCCUGCUCCUCGUGGUUACGCUCGCACAUCCGAUUGCAUACUUUAUUGUUCCCUUCCUGCAGCUUCUACCCGAAAACUUGCUCUACCCCGGUCUGUUCGCUUGCCUGACCGUGCGAAAUCUGACAUCGAUCCUGGCCUUCCCACUUCUCCUGAUCAUGAUCAAAGAAGCUACGCCCGACAGGUCGCAUCUCGGAAGAAUCAACGGACUAGCAGCGUCGACAGGUGCUGCCUGCCGUACAGUGGCGAGCCCUAUUGCUGGCUUACUCUACGGUCUAUCUAUUGAGCUACACUUCACACCCUUGGCCUGGUGGGGUUCCGCCCUGGUCGCAAUCUGCGGAGCUCUCCAGGUGCCAUUCCUGAAUCGCGCCGCGCACGAGUGUCACGCUCGUGUUCGUAACGUAGCUAGCGACUAUCUUACCAAGGAACGUCGUCGGAGUGAAGUAGUGCACAUUGUGGUCGAAGACGAAUAG